CGGACGAGACGCCAGUGUCUGCCAAAGUGUCAGGUGUCAGUCAGUCAGUCACAGUCUAUGUCAGUCGUGUAAAACUACGUUUUUAUCAGUGUGUUCAUAUAUUAGUAAAAAGAAAAAAAAAGAGUAAAAGAGAGAAAAAGAAAAAAAAGAAACCCCCAUCGCCCCCCCAAAAACCCUCUGAACAAAAUAAUAUCAACAAUUGUUUUUGAUUCAAUUCUUAUUCAAGGCAAAUUUUAUCGUGAAAAAAAAGAAGAAAAUAUAAAAGAAAGUAUCCAUUUUUUUUUCGCAUAUAUAUAUAUAUAUAUAUAUAUAUAUAUAGUUUUGAUCAGUGUUGAAGUUUAGAGAGAGAAAAAAAAGCCCCCCACCCCUUUGAAACAAAAAAAAAAUUAAAAUGUCCGACAAGAAAGCCUAUCCGGUGGCCCCUCAUCCACCAACGGGCUUCGUUCCCGCUCAAGCUCAGCCAAACCCCUAUGGCGUUGCAGCAGCUUCGCCCUAUGGAGUGUUUCCUAAUCAACCACAGCUUUACGCGACGCAGGGGCCUCCACCGCCUGCGUAUGAUCAAACUCUUACACAUCCGAUGAUGUAUCAAACAGUGUAUGGGCAAGGCUAUUCAGGAGGAUACCUAACUGGUUAUCCGGCUGCUUAUGGUCCAUUGCCAUAUUAUCCACCGUUGGCUGCAGCUUAUUAUCCCACGGCUGCCAUGCAACCUGCUCCAGUCAGGCCCACUCUCAUGGUACCUAAUGGUUUCGAGGGUACUCGAUUUGAUGGACUCUCGCAACAAGUUUUACCACCACCACCGCCAGGAGUCGCUGCAAAUGCGGCACAAUUAGCAGCAAUGGCUGGCCACAGUGUUGCCCUCUCGCAAAAGAAGGGCUCGUUUCUUGGAGGAGGAACAGAUGGUGGUUAUACCUUUUGGUAAAUAAUUAUUUUUUUUUUUUUUUUUUUUGUUUUGCGGUGUCACAUACACACAUAGACAUAAACAAAAAGAAAAAGAGCGAGCGAUAGACACGUACGCAAAAACAAACAAAACAAAAAAAGAAAAAAAAAAACAAGGAAGAAAAGAAAAAAAAAAAAAAAGCAGUUAAAGUUGAUCAACCAGGCAUUGUUGUUGAGAUCCGUGUAGGCAAAUUUCAAAUACUGUCUUUUUAGAGUUUAUAUUUCCAUCAGGCGCCAAUCUCCAUAUAUAUAUACAUAUAUAUAUAUAUAUAUAUAUACAUAAAAAAUAUAUUUAGCGAGCGUCUGAGUGUAUGGACCGUCCGAAAAAAAAAAAAAUAAUCGCUUGGCACGCCUUUUUUUUCAUUUUGUUACCAAUAAUAAUAAUAAUUAAGAAAUGGAUCGCAAGCUAUUCGAAAAUUAAUUUCCCAAAAAGAAAGAAAUUCUAAAAAUAUUAUUUUUUUUUUCUCAAAUCUGCAGAUUCUGCGGAGCGGACAGUCUGUACAUUUUUGAGGAUUUCAUUAAAAAAAAAAUCUUUUUUCCCCCCUGAGAAUAAUCCAAUUUUUUUUUUUUUAGAAGCGAAACGCUAUAUUCAGUAUUAAAAAAAUAAUGGGCGAUUUCGAAAAAUGGGCGAAAAAAAAAAUUUCCAUGGAAAUCGCGGGCAUUGAAAAAAAAAAUUUAUUAUCAUGUAAUCGUUGAAAAAGAGGGAAUAUUAGCGAUGUGGGAAGGUUGUGAAUGUGUGUGUGAGUGAGAGAGUGCGUUACUAGCUCGCAAAAAAAAAAAAAAAAUGUUAUUGUUUUUUAAAAAGUUAAAAAUGAAUGAAUUUCGCCUGCAGGGAUCGAUUAAUCGAAGUUUGUGUGUUCGAAGCCUGUUUUUUUAGAAAGAGAGAGAGAAAAAGGGUGAGAAAGUGCGCGCGCGAAAGAGAAAAAGCGUAAUUAUUUUGGCAGGGUGACCAGAGCGGGCUGUACACUAUUAUUAUUAUAAUUUUUUUUUUUUUUUUUUUUUUUUUUUCUUUUUUUUUUGACGAUUUCCUGUCAAUCGAACCAUUUUUACGCUGAAAAUGGUCAAAACUAGCAUUUAGAUUGCUAUUGAAAAAUACUCUUUGUUCUUCUAUUUCAUCUUCAUAGUGUCUUUUUUUUUCUUUUUUCAUUUUUUUUUCACAUUUUUGUUUUUUUUUCAUUUCUUCUAUUUUUGUAUUCUUUUUUUUCGCCUUUGAAUCUUUUUUUUAUUUUCUCUUUUCUCGCGUUUAUUUAAUUUUUUUUUUUUUUUUUUGACUCUCCAAUAGAACAAAGCCCGGAUUAUUUAGAAAAAUGAUGAUGAUGAUGAUGAUGACUUUAUAAUAAUAAUAAUAAUUCAUACGUGUGUGAAAUUCUUGACAAUGCGACAAACACAAAAAAAAAAAAAAAAAAAUAAGCCUUAGAUACUAGAAAAACGCUUUCAAUUUUGAGAAUUUACAAAUGAUACUCUACUUUAGAAAAAAAAAAGAAAAAAAAAAAAAAGAAAAAACAAAAUGAGUGAAAGAAAAAAAGAUGAAGAAAAAGGAAAGAAAUACUUUUUUUUUCGAAAAAAAAGAAAAAUACUUUUGUAUAUUCGACAAAAACAAUUUUUUUUUUUUUCAAAGGAUAGUUUUUAAAAAACAAUUUCUAAAUGGUAUUUUAAAAAUUCCAUUCCUCUGGGAGAAUAAAAAAAAAAAAAAAAAAAAAUACUGAUUCUGUCUUGAAAAAAAAAAUUGAUGCAAUUCAUUAUCUUGUGCCAAAAAAAAUGAAUUGUCUCAGCGAUUACAUUAAACUUUUUUUUUUCAUUUUUUUUUUUGUAAUUGAAAAAAAUUUGUUCAUACUAUAUAAUGGAAAGAGAGUGUUUUUCGGUUUUUGUUCUUAGAAAAAUUGUGAAUUGCUUGUCAUUUAAAAAAAAAAAAAAAACCUUGAGCGAUAAAAAAAAAUCGACAAUAAAAUUGAAAAUGUUUUUCACGCAAUUUUUCUGAAUGUCGAGGAUAAAAAAAAAAAGAAAAAAUUAUCGCUCAAUGGGAGUAAAAACAUGGAAAUGUGUCUUAUAUGCUUUUGGGGCAUAUUUAAGGAAAGAAAGGAAAAAAAAAAAAACAAAAAAGUACAAAGUGUAAAAAAAAAAAUUAAAAAUCGAAUGUUGUCAAUUGAGCGAUUCUUUGAGAGCAAUCUUUGUUAUUUCGUUGUAGAACAAUAUUCAAGAGCUAGUAUACUUCUCAAGGAAUCAGCUCCUUGAUUAAAAGAGGAGAAAAAAAAAAACGCACUGCCGAGACAACAUUUUUUUUUCCAGUCAAUUGACGCGCGAAACAUCAUGACAAGUGAAACGAUAAUGUUUCGAUGAUUUUUUUUUUUAGAAAUUUCUUGCUUUUUUUUCUGAGACUUUUUUUUGUGGAAAUAAAAAUAGGUGUGAUAUAAUUUUUUUUUAGUUAUUGAAUUAGAAACGAAAUUUAUCAAUAAUUUUUCAUUUUUUUUUUCUUUUUUUUAUUUAUAUUUAUAGUAGUAAUAGAUUUUUUUUUUGAAUUAGGAUCGAAAUGUAUUUGGAAGUAUCUAUAUUAAAAAAUCGAGGGCAAUUUUUUUUUUGUAACCAUUUUUUUGCUCCUUGGCGCGCUAAAUAGUAAAAAAAAAUAUAAAAAAAAAAACCAAAAAAAGAAAAAAUAGAAAGAAAAACAAGGAGAAAAAUCGUCAGCUUUUUUUUCAUAAGCACACACACACACACAUAUAAAUGAACACAUACACAAAAAAUGUUUAGCGUUUCGACUCACCCUUGCUCCCAUUUUUCCAUUCCGUUAAGAAAAAAAAAAUGAGUAGUUCAAUUUUUUAUAAUCGAUAAAUAAAUUUACACAUCGAACACUCUCUAAACUCGGCGAGUUUGUAAUCAACGAAUGACACAAACCGGGUGCGGUUCAUUUUUACAAAUUUCAAUAUCUGAUUUAAAAGAAGAAAAAUUCGUUUCUCAGCAGAUUUUUUUUUUUUUUUUUUUUUUUUUUUUUAGUAAAGAAAAAAAAUUUAAUAAAAUGAAAAAAUUUUUUCAAAAAUUUAUUAAAAUUUGAUGUAAAAUAAAAUUUUGAUUAAUUAAUAUAUGAUUUUUAAAAAGAAAAAAAAUUCAUUUCCCUUUUUCUCUAUAAAAGGAGAAGAAAAUUCAAAUUGCAAAAAAAAAAAAAAUUUCUGCUGAUAAACAAAUAACGAAACGCUCUUGACGUGAUAGUGAUAUUUCUUGUAAACAUUGUAUUUAAAAAGAACAAAAAAAAAAAAUAAAUAAAUAAAUAAAAAAAAUAAAUUCAAUCUCAGUAUGAGACAAUUUUCACGAUUGUUGGUUAUGUGGUAAUGAUAUUGCACCUCUAAGACACUAAAAAGAAAAAGAAAUAAAAACAAGGGCCUUUAAGUGGCAGCUACGAGUUGUUUUUUUUUUAUUUUAUAUACAAAGAAUGCGAAUCGAUUUAUUUCCCUCUUAAGACAUUUUACUCAUUAUCUUUUUGCUGUAGAAUGUUUUUUUUCUUUUCACGAAAAUCCGAAACAUCAUUCUCAAUUAACAAAAAAAAAAAAAGACAAAAUAACAAAAAAAAAGUAACUAUAUAAACAUAAAUCAAGAAAAAAAAAUUGUAUGCGAUCAGAAAAACCAAGGGGUAAGGGAUGGGUAGGGAUGGGAUUGAAAGAGUGUGAGAGAGAGAGAAAGAAAAAAAGAUAGAGAGAGAGAGAGAGAGAGAGAAAAAGAAAGAAAAAG